AAGAACUUGCUCAUUCCAAGGUAUCUAUAAUUUCUCCCAUCUAGUCUCUAUUCAAAGUUGACAUACAUUGUUUUGUGCGCGCGACACCGUGAUCACGGAGAACCCCCUCUCAACUCAUCAUGUCAAACGCCAUUGACCCCUCGCUUUAUAACAAUGAGCUCUCCAAAGCGCUGAACGCGGCUUUGAAGAUCCGACCAAAUAAGAUCGGAGUCAUAGUAUGCAGUCAGCGCAGCCCACGCGCAGGCCUGCAGAUCAGCACCUUCGUCCUGGACACGCUCAAAGAGUUCCAGAAGGCUCACCCGAGCCCAAGACCCUAUGAACUGAGCCUCAUCGAUCUCAAUGACCACCCACUGCCAUGGUACGAUGAACCAGAGGUGCCCUCCCAGAUCAAAUCCUCGUCUCAAUACAAACACGAUCAUACUCGCGCCUGGUCAGAAUUCAUUUCCUCAUAUCAAGCCUUCAUUUUUGUCACCCCACAGUACAACUGGGGCUAUCCAGCGAGCAUCAAGAAUGCGAUCGACUACCUCUACCAUGAGUGGAGUGGCAAACCAGCAAUGGUGGUGAGCUACGGAGGCCAUGGUGGAGGAAAGGCCGCGGCUCAGCUGCAACAAGUUCUUGAAGGUAUCAACAUGAAGGUGGUGAAGGAUUUUGUUGGGCUGCAGUUCCCCGAUCGCGCGACGCUAGGAAAGGCUGCAAAAGGAGACGAUCUCGGAUUGAAAGUGGUUCUUGGAGAAGAGGACGUUCGAGGCGUGAUUGACAAGGAGAAUGCUCAGGCAACGCUUGGUGAGAAAGGUCCUACCAAAGGAGUGACGGGCAGUGAGAAGGGACCACUCUGGGCCAAGGAGAGUAAGGAAAUCUGUACUCGAUUCUGGGAGUUGGUCACCAAGUUGAACUCGUGAAUGAAGUCAUGGGAAGGGUCAUGUCACCAAUGCGUGGAUGCGAUAUCAGGGCUUUACGCUCACGCCAACCGAAGGCAGAGAGAAUAGGCGCUGUCCCAGUGGUGGACCGACAAGUUCUGAUUUAUCUUGACCAGAGCAUGACACAGUGUAUAUUGGUGUAUCUCUUGAGGAAUCUUCUUUCGGACGGUCAGCAGAGAAAGGCCAGAGAGAAAUUGUCUGUAGCGAAUACCGAAGGAGAGGAUGUGUUGGGGUACUAAGUGAAGAGAUCAGCAAGCAAUGCGACAGUCUAGCACAAGAC